GUUGACUGUCGGCCGAUAUACAUACACAAGCGAUCAGCGCUUUAGAGCAAUACAUUUACCGCACUCUGAAGACUGGACUUUACAGAUAAAGUACCCGCAACACAGAGACUCUGGAAUUUACGAGUGUCAAAUAUCAACUACUCCACAUAUGAGCCAUUUUAUACAUUUGAAUGUCGUUGAACCUACAACAGAAAUCAUAGGUGGUCCUGAUCUCUAUAUUGAUAGAGGCAGCACUAUAAACUUGACUUGCGUGGUUCUGUACUCACCAGAGCCGCCAGCGUAUAUUUUUUGGAAUCACAAUGAUGCGAUAAUAAGUUACGAUUCCCCACGAGGAGGCGUGUCGGUUGUGACGGAGAAAGGGGAGACUACCACAUCCUUUUUGCUGAUCCAGCAAGCUAGACCUUCGGAUUCGGGGACUUAUCAGUGCAACCCUAGUAACGCUCAGUCUAAAAGCGUGGUGGUGCACGUUUUAAAUGGUGAAUACCCGGCGGCAAUGCAGCGAGGCGGGCAGGCCUUCGCCCCAACAUCGCCCACGCACUGCAUCGUCUUGGCCGCUUGUCUCUUCAUCACACUGUCUUGA